AUGGACUCCUCCUUCACUGUGCUUACUGCUGGAAUUGUGAUGCCCUUGUGUGCCGGAGCAGCCUGGGUGUUCUACAAAUACCAUAUUCAGCCACGAUGUAAAUGGACCAUAGAUGAGAAGACUCAACAAGCCCUCCGUCGCUAUGUGCUGAUGGAAUCUACACAUGGAAAGCCACACAGUGUACUGCAAACUUUCAGGGAAUAUGCCAAGCAGAACCGGAUGAUAAAGGAGAUACUCUUUACUCCAGACCAAGACAUUUUCCUCGCAGAUGCAGUGAAGCAGACUUCCCCAAGAACGGUUGUUGUCCUGGGCACACAGUGUGGGUAUUCGGCCAUAAGGGUGCUUUCCUUACUGCCUCCAGAUGGGAAUUUGUAUGCUGUGGAGGCAGAGGACAGUAUGGCGGACUCAGCAGAGGAAAUGAUCUUAGUUUCUGGAUUCAAAAAUAAUCAGUUUAAGCUGUUGUGUCAACAUCCAGUCAAUGCAAUCUAUAUCUUACACAGCAAGUUUGGCCUGGAGAAGGUAGAUUUGGUGCUAUUUGAUUUUAAGAGUGAUGGCUACCUUCAAGGAUUAAAUGCUUUGGCAGAACUUGGACUUCUUUACCCUGGAGCACUAAUACUUCUGAACAACAUGGGUCGCCUGGCUGCCAAAGACUUUGUGAAGCUUCUUGAGAACAGUGAACAUUAUAGAGUAGUAACUGACUGCCAGUCUUUACUGAAAGUUGAGUAUAAACAGUCAAUUUUAGGAAGAACUAAAUCUAAAAACUUGUAG